AUGAAAGCUCCUGUUGAAAUGGUUGCUGCUGCUACUGGGAGUUACUCAUCUUUUCAGGUGCCACUGCAUGGGUCUGUGGCGCAACUCAAUGUUCCAGUCCAAGUGGAAAGUUCUGUUGCAGAGUAUCAACAAGAGGAAUCAGAUCUCCCAGCUCAAAUAGAGGUAGCCGCAGCUGACUCUGAGUUCAGGCAGAAGUCGAGGGCUUUGGAGUCGAAGGAGCUACAAUACCAUCCUCGAAGGUCACAUCAGAAUUAUAGAGGUGGCCGGGGUGGGCGAGUCAGUGGAAGGGGUGGCUAUCUGAAUGGCCAGAGCCAAUUCUAUGGCCAGCCUAGCAAUUAUAAUUCAGGGAACUAUAACUACCGAGGAAGCGGUGGCAGGGGUGGUAAUUCCAACUACCAUGCUACCAUUGGUUAUGCUGGCCAUGUUCAAGCAGAGUCAUGA